UCAGUGUAUCCCCAUCAGUGCCACCUGUCAGUGUCCAUCAAUGCCACCUGCCAGUGCCCAUCAGUGCCACAUCAAUGACACAUAUCAGAACCUACCAGUGCACAUCAAUGCCACAUAUCAGUGCCUAUCUGAGCUGCCUUUCAGUGCCACCUAUCAGUGCCAGUCAGUGCAGCCUAUCAGUGCUGCUGAUCAGUACCACCUAUCAGUGUUGCCCAUCAGUGCCGCCUAUCAGUGUCUAUCAGUGCUGCUUGUCAGUGCCCAUCACUGGAGCCUCAUUAACGCACAUCAGUGAAGGAGAAAACUUAUUUACAAAAUUUUAUAA